AUGGAGGGCAGCUUGUGUUUGGGCACGGACGGGCGAAUUGGAGGAGGAAGAGGAAGUGGUGGCUACAUCCUGUUCUGUAGAAGUCUUUGUCUCUUAGACACCAAGGAAAACAUCCUUCCUGACCUUGACAUUCUCCUCCUUGGGGAGGGUGUCGGCAAGAGCAGUUUGCUGCUGCGUUUUGCAGACAACACCUUCUCAGGCAGUUACAUUACCACAAUUGGGGUCGACUUCAAAAUUCGGACCGUUGAAAUCAAUGGGGAAAAAGUCAAGUUACAGAUCUGGGACACUGCGGGACAGGAGCGCUUCCGGACUAUCACCUCAACGUACUACCGAGGCACCCACGGGGUCAUUGUGGUUUACGAUGUCACGAGCGCGGAGUCUUUCGUGAAUGUCAAGCGGUGGUUGCAUGAAAUAAACCAGAACUGCGACGAUGUGUGCCGGAUAUUAGUUGGCAAUAAGAACGAUGAUCCAGAACGGAAAGUGGUGGAGAUGGAAGACGCCUAUAAAUUUGCUGGGCAGAUGGGCAUCCAGCUGUUUGAGACCAGUGCCAAGGAGAACAUUAAUGUGGAAGAGAUGUUCAACUGCAUCACGGAGUUGGUUCUUCGGGCUAAGAAGGACAACCUCGCAAAACAGCAGCAGCAGCAACAGAACGACGUGGUGAAACUCACAAAGAACAGUAAACGGAAGAAGCGGUGCUGCUAA